CUCCGGCCAGCGCUCAUUCACUAUGAUGCGCGCCUAGUUGAAGGAAGCUCUCCACACCCGGUUCCCCCUGCACGCCUAAAACUUUCUAAUGAAAUCCCCCAAAACUUUUUGACAAAUAAUAUUUUUUUUCCUCUGGGGGCCAAUAGGGUUUUCGACUUAUUAAUCCGUGUUUUUUUAAUUGAAAAGAGAACUUCAGAAUAUGGAGCCCAGUUCCACAGAGGGAGGAGCUGAGGAGAAGCUUGUUAGAAGUCUUCCUCACAAAGUGAUACUCAAGCAUGGCCAAGAGCUGGAGGAAGAGCAGGAGGAGCUGGCCGAGCAUCAGCCUCUAGAGCAGGAAGACCUCAACUUUGAGAGAUGGAAGCGCAGGCCGAUUCCCAAGAGGACGCUCCACCAGAAAAUAGACGACCUGAAGACAUACCUGUGGAAUGCAGAGACCAACGAAUUCAUGGGUCGCUCUGGGAAGAGCUGGAGCCUCAUCCUACUCUUCUAUGCUGCACUUUAUUUGUUUCUUGCAGCCAUGUUUGGCGGCUGUUUGUUUUGCCUCAUGUGGUCUAUUAGUCCCUACCACCCCACCUUCAACGAUAGAGUGAUGCCACCAGGUAUGACGAUGGCCCCGCACCUAGAAGGCCAUGAGAUUGCUUUUAACGCAUCUGAUCGCAAAUCCUGGAGGAAGUACGCCAGGUCUAUGGAGGAAUAUCUAAGACCGUAUAACGAUGCUGCUCAGCAGAGGAAGAAUAUUCCCUGUGAUAAGGAGACAUACUUCAUGCAGGACGACUUGGACGAGGCUGCAGAGCGGAAAGCGUGUCAGUUUAAACGGUCCUGGUUGGGGCAGUGUUCAGGGCUGCAGGACGCCAACUUUGGCUAUUCUCAGGGAAUGCCAUGCAUCCUCCUUCGAAUGAACCGGAUCCUCGGUUACUUACCUGGUCAGGGGAAACCGAUAAAUGUGACCUGUGGCGUUAAGAAAGGACCACCAGAAGUUUUGGGAAAAAUUGAGUUUUUUCCCAAAAGCAUUUUUGAAAACAAGUAUUAUCCAUACUACGGGAAGCUGAGACAUGUAAACUACUCUUCACCAGUCGUGGCUGUACGUUUUACGGGCGUGCAGCAAGGCGCUAACAUCCAAGUACAAUGCAAACUGAACGGAAAGGGCAUCAUUAACGAUUCUCCCACUGACCGCUACCUGGGCAGCGUGACCUUCUCCUUGGAGGUCGGAGCGUAAGGCGAAGGUGUCGCAGGACGCUCACAAGACGAGGCAGGAAAACAUUCACGAGACAAGAUUUAUACUGAACCGUUAUUUUCCAUGAGAUAUGUAAUUUGCCCCUGUCCUCGUCUUUCACUUAAAUAUCUUCUGCUGUGAAACAAAAUCCUCAAGAAGUAGGUAUUUACUCGUGUUUUUUGUUGUUUCUUUGUACCACGAGUGUGCUACUGGCACCUGCACCCACAACAAACAGUGCUGAGCACAGGAACGAGUGCCUAGAGCGAGUUAUUCCUGUUCGAUUCCUGAUAUUUUGUAAUGAUUAGUGAGAUUAACCGCACUAAAUUACACUCUGCCCAUUAGUUAGAGUUUCUGGCUAUGCAAAUCCAAUUAUGAAUUAAACAUUAAUAGGGAACUAGAGUUCUUUCAGGUUAGAUCGUACGUUUUUGUGCA